GGACCAGCUUGAACUUGAAUCUCGAGGACAACAAGAGUCUGCCAGCAGGGGGCUGUUGGCCCCACAGGGUGAAACUUCCUCUGCUUGGAAGCCAGAUAAUGACCCCAUUGAUAGCUCUCCGAAUAGUAGCGGCUACGAUAUGACAGAUUCCUUGGACGAAGCUCCUAUAGACUUGAGGACGUUGGUGUACGUGUCUAUACCUGAACAUCUCAACUGCCCCAUUUGCCAGCUCCCUUUUAUUAAUCCGUAUACAACUAUAUGCGGGCACACGUUCUGCAGGACAUGUAUUCUGGAGUCUUUCAAGUCCCCCCUCGGAAACAAGUGUCCUCUGGAUCGCAUUGAACUGAACUAUAAAGAGGACCGUCAAGAGAUUGAAGAGAAAAACUACGACGAUAUAUUCCCUGCCCCUAUUAUAUUGAGCAACAUCACGGACGACCUUCAAGUGCGAUGUUUGAACGCAUCUCGUGGCUGUAAAUGGAUAGGACCCCGCUGGUCUAUAAAGCAGCAUUUGGUGAACUUUUGUGAUCACACACGAUUCCCUUGUGAACACAUGCUAGACGAGGGACAAAUGUGCGGCCAAUUGACUGAACGACGGUUCCUAGGCGAGAAGUGUCCUCACAAGCUUUUUGACUGCGCAAAGUGCGGUGAGAAAAUAAACAUUGUAACCGAGGAACAUCACUUGAAAAACGAGUGCGCAAAGAACCUUCACAAAUGCAAUGGUUGUAAUCUGGAGUUCCCGGAGAAAAUAUUUGACAGCCACGAAAGCUAUUGUGAGAAAAUACACGUUAGGUGCCCAGGGAAGCAGUACGGCUGCGAGUGGAGGGGAAGCAGGGAGGUGCUAUCCCAGAUCCACUCUUCGGAGUGCGUUUUUGUCAAGCUGUCGGGCUAUUUCGAGCUGCAAGAAGCCAAGAUGAACGAUCUGGUCGAUGAAAACAAAACGCUCAAAUCUCAAAUUUCGACGAUACUCGACUCUAUCACACAGGGCAAGAUGACUAACCUAGGUUAUUCUUUGCAGCUGGAAGAGAUUAUGGAUCGCGAUCGCAGCACCGAUCCUAGCAGGUUAUUCGAUAGCCUGCAGGAGAAGGACUACAUCCAACUCAUGAUGGAAUUUGAGGUUCUCAAAACAGAUCUGAACCGCUUGAGGCCUUUGGCGUCGGAGUUCGAGCUGAAUAAACAACUUGUCACAGCCCUGGCCAACGAGAAUAUUCAGAUCAAAGACGAAUUACACAACCAGACAGCUGCUCUCUCUUCCAUGAGACAGCAGAUACAAUUUAUGUUGUUGGACCGGAGAAGGCUUCGGUCCAAGCUCAUAGACGGAGAGGUGGCACCCCAACCCAAAGAAUCGUCUUCUUCGGGCCGGUUCUCAAACAAGCUUUAGUUUCUCUCCAUAAGGCUGUGCAAUAUUUAUACGAUUUAAUUAAUGACUUCUUUGGACAAAUCCAAGCAUGUCGCUUACAUCAAGUCUUUGGAUGACCAAAAACAGUUUCUUGAGUACUGGCUCAGCGAGCAUCUCCGUAUGAAUGGGAUAUACUGGGGGGCUUGUGCUCUGUUCCUUAUGAGAGCGGAGCAUGAAUUUGACAAGAAAACUCUGGUGGAGUUUAUUCUCAACUGCUAUGAUUCUACCUAUGGAGGUUUCGGGGCAUUCCCUAAGCACGAUUCGCAUAUUCUUUCUACCUUGUCUGCAUUACAACUUCUCAAAAUGUACGAUGCCUUGGACGUUAUUAACGACAAGAAGCCGCAAAUACUUCAGUUUAUCAAAGGCCUCCAAUUGCCAGAUGGAUCGUUCCAGGGGGACAGGUUUGGCGAAGUUGACACCCGAUUCGUUUACACCGCCAUCCAAUCGCUCAGCAUUCUCGAAAGUCUGAGUCCCGAUAUCGUGGAUCCAGCAGUGGAUUUCAUACUCAAAUGUCAGAAUUUCGAUGGAGGAUUUGGCAUGGUGCCAGGCUCAGAGUCGCAUUCUGCGCAGAUCUUCACAUGUUUGGGGACUUUGGCAAUUACUGGACAUGUAGACAAAAUCAAAGACCGAGAAGCCCUUGAAUGGUGGCUCAGUGAACGACAAGUGGAAAACGGCGGCCUAAACGGACGUCCUGAGAAAUUGCCCGAUGUGUGCUACAGCUGGUGGGUGAUGUCCUCUCUCAGUAUAUUGGGUAGACUGGACUACAUUAACGGAGACAAACUGAGAGAAUUCAUUUUACAGUGCCAGGAUCUCGAAGAAGGGGGGAUCAGCGAUCGGCCUGGGAACCAGGUUGAUGUAUACCACACUCUCUUCGGCAUUGCAGGCUUGUCUCUGCUUGGAUACGAAGAUCUGGUUCCCGUGGACCCUGUCUACUGCAUGCCUUAUCAUGUAACCAGUUCAAUUAAGAAAUAUCCAUAUGAUUAAUACAACUCUCUGAGUUUGGCUUUUCUGGAUGAGGGAGAAUACUCCAUGUAGUUGAACUUGUUGUUGUCGAAGAACUUUCCUGGGUUGAGGACAUGACAAUUUUCGUAGAUGAGGUCAAACCGCGGACAUGUCGUGUCAGCGAGCAUUAGAAGCGUAGGAAGGGGUAUCAGGUUUAGCAUAUUAGCGUAAUUGGCAACAAGCGGUCUGAUAGAUUGGAUAAAAGGUGAGAGAUAUCCUUGGUCCAGUAAUGUCUUGACAACCUUUCUGGCCUCAAGCACGUCUGGUGCAAUCUUGGAUUUUGAAAGCUUAUCGAUCUCCAGCUCCCCUUCGUCUGCUUCGAUGUUUUCCUUGAUCUUGGAGAUGUGGCUUAUAUCAUUUCGACGAAACCGUCCUGCCAGGUCGUCGCGGACUAGUAGAACCUCGUGUGUCAAAUAGGUUAGUUUUGAUGGAUUGGAGCACCAUUCUAUAUCUUUCACUAGUCUGGUCAACCGGUUCCCGAAAAUCUUUGGAAGUUUGAAUUUGGGCCACACGGAAUUGGAACCUUUGGUGACGACUGAUGACCAGGGAUCAUUGUCGCCUGGAACAAACACAAAUUUACAGGUUGCGCACAGUUCAGAAAAUGGUUCAAGGAUGGAUGCCAACGAAUCGAAAUAAGACUUGUACUCACCUGACGAGGUGACCUGACUGUUGUAGGAGACUUGAGUCGAUGUGAAAGGCCGCGAGGUAAAGGAUCCAUUGAAUAUUAGGGCAACGGGUGUUGAAGACCCCGUUUCAAGCUCCUCGUUGAGUUUGGCUAGUAGCUUUUUCAAGCCCUCCAUCACUUUUGCAUCAGAUAGGUAUAGAUCACCCCCUAGAAAGAUAAACUUGUGGUCUGCCAGAUCCUUCUCCAAAUGCAAUAGUUUUGAGCGCAAUACAGGGUCGAUGCGUCCGCUGUUGCUGUAUACAGAAUUGAAGUCCAUCUUGCCAAGAACUUCCAGAGACGUCUCUCUUUUCUCCGCUGGAGGAUGAAUCAUUGUGCUGACAUAAAACUUGCCGCUGUUGGAGUAAAUACCUUCACAGAUGAUGAAGUUCCCCUCAGUGAAGUAGCAGUUCUGAGGAAACAGCGUCUGACCAAGUUCAAGUUCUAUCGAAUCAGUGUCGUCCUGAAGUUGCCACAAACCCAGCGCGCUCCGGGUCAGCAAUCCAAAAAGAAAGAAUCGUUGUCCGUGCCGACCCAACAAAUUCUUGAUAGAUGUAACCUGCUGGUUUUCAACUUCUUUGGGCCCGUUGCUUGUAAAUGAAUUGACAGCACUGAAGGUGGUUGGCUGGAAAUUCUCAUUUCUGAGGAGUCUAUCCUUGAGAAGAUGGAAUCGCUGAAUAAACAAGUUAACGGCAUCUUGUGUUGACGGCAAAAUCAGUUUGUCACCAUCGGCGUCGGCAGACAAAACAUCGAACUGUUUGCGCACAUGAUUAUAGCUGUAUCGUCUGUAGUUCUUGAUGUCCACAGCCUUGAAAAAAUCCUUCCACUGCACCUGCUCAAGGGCGGCAGGUUCCAGAGGGUCCUGGUGUACCUCAAAUGACUGACUUUCUCGUAGCUCGUUAGUCACGAGACCUGCCAAAUUGGUUUUGGGCUCGACAGCCGAGCUCUGGCGGCUAGCUUUUUCCUGCUUCUCUUGCUUCAAUGAAAUCUCCUUGAUCACAACGUCAAUGUUGUCCCCAUCCAGAAACAAACCUUUGUUUUGCUCUUUCCAGAGCCUGGCGACUUCCUCCAGGAACGCGAUCGUUUUAGCCCCACGCCAUUCCUGGCCAAAUCUCUUCCCCACGUACUCGCUCAGCUUCUCCAGCGCACUUGACUGAAUAUUGAGACCAUGUUUCUUCGAAAGCACGCGAUAUGCCAAAGGCCGAAGGUUGGAUGGCUUCAGGGAAAUCGGCAAAAAUGCAGGAGACUCCAUAGCAGGAUUCUUUUAUUCCGUAUCUCAAAAAAUACGCGUCUGAAAUAUUUAUUUUAUCAAAUGGUCACCUUCUCGAGGACACCAACUUCGGAGCGCGUCCGUUUUUCGCGAGACACGAAGCUCUCAGACUAUGAGAAGCGAAGACGCUCUAAUGCAGCAAGUGAGUUCUUGGAGAACAGCAACGGCUCAAACUUGAAGUCAGACCGCUACAGAUCUCCCAUCGGAUCAAGCAUCAAAACGCGCUACGAAUCGCCCAGAUCUAUUUUGCGCCCAUCCGCUCACGAAAAAAAAUCAUACGAACUCCUCGGAGAGUCGCCUAUUCGCAGUAUACCUGACUUUAAACGCUUUGAGACUGAUGAUAUCCUAAGUUCCAUCAAGAAAAAACGCUAUCCGCUAACAGACCGGCGCUCGCGUGUGACAAAGCCGAGCUUUAAUCGAGGUCAUGACGGUCUUUUGGGAUCUCUGACCUCAAUAGGCUCCAAACUUUUGCAAUCGGUGCUGUACAACGAAAAUAAAGACGUUGUGUCAGAACAAGAAAGUAAACAGGAGAUAAAACCCACUGAAAGGAUUAAGAUAGACCCUGUUGAGCCUGUUCGGGCUUCUUCCAGCAGUAUGGAACGGACAUUGAACGAGAAGUUUAGCUCUCUCGAGAGCCUUAUUCGCGAGCUAAAGACUGAAAGCAGGGAGACGGUGAUGGAUAAGCUUACUGAUCUUAAAGGUGAAAUUUUGAAUCUUCGGGCAUCUCAGGAACUGAUAAAUACAAAGUUUGAAGAAAGAUAUGAAGAGCUUAGAAUUGAAAAUGAGCUCAACAAGCGCAAGUUUGAGAAGUUAUUUACUGACUUAGAAGCCAAACGGGAUGAGCUGGACAAGGAAAAGACCGAAUACAUCAAACUCCUCCAAAAAGAGACUCGCAAGCGAUAUGCUGACUCUCUCGGCUCAGAUGACGACGAAUAUCCAAAGAAGAGACGCUAUGUAAGAGAAAAUGCACAGGACACGAUUGACAAGAUGAGAAAACGGAAUAAGCAAAUGAAUCAGAAUAUCUCAGAAAGCAUCUCUACGACGAAGAAGAUUGGUAGCAUGAUAUAAAUUAUAAGUGUAAAAACACGUUAGUGUGAGAGUUUGGCGCACCGCAGAGCUGAUUAUCAUCUAAUCUUCCCAGCAGAACUGGACUAGUUUGUCCAUGCGAACUUUCUUAGUCAUUUGGCCGCGCAUCCAUGGGUGUUCCAGCAUUUGUCGUGGACUAGGUCGUUUGCGAUUUUCCUUGGUCAAGCAGACCUUAAUAAAGUCUUUGAAGCUGGCUGACCAGGUGAUGUUUUCUUCGGGUUCGUCAUUGAGUUCUGGUUCGAACUCCAAUAUUAUCAAAAGAAGCUCAAUUGGAGAUAUUUGCAAAUUUGGAUCCUUUGUUGCAAAGGGAAACAUACCCAUUGCUCCCUCGAGCAAAGUCAGCCCAAGUGACCACACGUCACAGGUUAUUGUAUAAGGCUCAUUUCUAAUACGUUCUGGCGCCAUGUAGAAAGAGGUUCCGGUGAAGGUGGUAGCGAGCGAGUUGACCACUUCUCCGGAAACUCCAAAAUCACAAAGUUUAACGUUCCCCUUGGAGUCUAGUAAUAUGUUUUGAGGCUUGAUGUCUCUGUGCAUCACUUUCUGCUGGUUCAGGUAGGAGAGCCCUCGAAGCACACUCUCUGCCAUCUUUCCUAAUGCUUUCUCUCCGAUCCUCAUAUCUUUUUUCUUGAACUGUUUGUAUAUUGCGUCCAAGGACCGUCCUCCCAUAUAUUCCAUGCAGAUACAAAUCGACGCAUCCGCAGAGUUAAUGAAUGUUCCGUAAUACUUAACAAUAUAAUCGCUCUGGAACUUUUUGUUGUAGUUCAGUUCUCGCACUAUUUGUUUUUGAAAACUAGGUGAUGGAUCAACAGUGAUGGUCUUCAGGGCAAAUACCUGCUGAGUCGUGACAAGCUCACACUUUUUGACAGAACCUCCGUUACCUUCUCCCAGCACCUCAAGUGUGCGAAUUUGGUUGAGCUCAGCUAGCCGUCGCCAAUCUUCUUCAUCUAAAUCUUCAAGGGAACCCUUCAUUAAUUUUGCGUUUGGGUCGGUAUCUUUGCUGGUUAAAUUGAGAUUGCUCAGCUCCGUAAUCAAUGUAUCUGUGCUUUUAUUGCUCACGAUUGAAGGAUUUGAGUCUGUCAUUGAGUCGCUCGAGUGACGUACGAUGUUGUCGGAUGUGACAACCUCGUACUGUCUCACGAUAACUGGAUCUGUAGCAUCAAACUCAUUCGUGGACUGGGCAUUGUCUCCAUCUUGAAGCCGGGACGUUUGAUUUCGUCCGGACGGCGUAGAGAUUUUGAGCGAUGGCAGCUUCUGGCGACGUGAAGCAUUUUUGGGAUUUGAUCCCGGAGGACGCAAGAGAGGCGGCGCUGUCAUCUUGACAAUAUCC